AUUGAAAGAAAGAGAGAGAGCGGGAAAUGGAUUACAGUUUAGCAGCGUUGAAGCUGCUCUGCGCGCAGCUUAAAGACGCACGCGAAGCGCCUUCUCAAAACGCCUUAACUCUAGGCGCCAUUUUAUUCCAACGCGCUUGGUUACAGGGAAUCGUAGUCUUUAACGACGACGAAGGCCGUCUUCUUCUGGAUGACGGUACCGGCGUAAUCCAGCUUUCUCUCUCCGGCGACUUCCUAUCCCGCCGCUGGGAAUUAGGAAUGUAUGUUAUGGUGAUCGGUGGUUAUUUUGCCGCUGCAGAUGAAACGCCCAUGAUUAAGGUUCACAAAAUUGUUGAUCUUUCAUCAUCUCCGGAUCGAGAAGCUAUGUGGUAUCUUGAAGUUAUGGAGGCUUAUAAGCUGUUUUACCAGCCUCUGAUAGAAGAUUUCAUGUGAUGUGAAUGAAUCUAAUCAAAAUUUCUUGUAUAGCUAGCCAAGUAGAAUUUUGAAUUUUGCAUCUUCUGCUAUGAAUGACUAAGAAUUAUAAUUGUAUUUUGUUUUUCUGUAUUUUAACAUUUCUCGCCGUAUGCAGUUGAGAGUAACAAUUGGGUGUGUUAUCAAGUUGAAAUACCAUUAAACUCAAAUUUAA